AAAGUGUCUUAUCAGUGAUUCCAGCAAUGUUACAAUCUUCGAAACUUUGAGGAACAGAAGUAGCCUGUUUACAAUAUUUAUUCGAGUGUCUGUGUAAUUGUUAAAUGAUUUUUUGACACAAUGUCCGUACUGUUUAACGGAGACAAUUCUAAUUCGGAAGAAGAUUUAAAGAUAAACAAAGAUUAUGCUAAGAAUUAUGACAAUUGGCGGCACAAGGAAGAGUUGAACAAAUUGAAAACAAAAUAUGGAGACAUCAAUGGGACUGUAUUGUCUGAUGAAAACUCUGAUACAGAGAGCUCUUCAUCUUCUUCUGAAGAGGAAAAUGAAGUAACAGAACAGUUUGACAAAGACUUCUAUAAAACAUUAGCCUUGUUGAAAAAGAAGGAUCCAAAGAUCUACAAGCAAGAUGUAACAUUCUUUGAUGAAACCAACAAAGCACAGGAGUUGCACUAUGAAAAGAAGAAGUCUUCUGACAAAUCAAAGAAAGAACAAGCUGUCUAUUUGAGAGAUUUUGAAAGAAACAUUAUUGUAGAACGGGAGGGAAAGUUCAGUGACAGUGAGGAUGAGGACAAGUUACGAAAGAUAAAGGAAGAAGCCAAAAAUGUGACAUAUGCUCAAGAACAAAAGCAAAUAAAAGAAAGUUUCAAAGAUGUAUUGCACGAUGAGGAUGAGAAUGAUGAUGAUGUAGAUUUACUAAAGCCAAAAACUAAGUCUCAAAGUGAGAAAGAAAAGGAAGAAGCAGAUUAUAAGGAAUGGUUAAAGGGACAAGAUUCAAACAUAAAUGAGCAGGAACAGAAUGCAUUGAAACCUCUACGUGACUUUUGGUCCAAUCCUAAUCUGGACGCUAAUGAACAAUUUUUAAGAGAUUAUGUAUUGAACAAUAAAUAUUUAGACAAUGAAUAUGCAGGUCCUGAGUUAGAUAAUACCCAUUUAAUUCACGACAGUGAUGAAAAUUUGUCGGAAGAUGAGAAGAACAUAGAGAAACAAGAAGAGUUUGAACAGAAAUAUAAUUUUAGAUUUGAAGAACCAGAUCAGGAGUUUAUCAAAAGAUAUCCACGUACUAUGGAAAAUACGAUACGAAAAAAAGACACUCGUAGAUCGCAAAAGAGGGUAGAAGUGAAAAAAAGAAAGGAAGAAGAGAAAUUGAGGAAGAGGGAGGAACUGAAACAGCUGAAAGCGUUAAAGAGGAAGGAAAUUGAAGAAAAGAUAGAGAAACUGAAAGAGAUUACAGGAAACGACGACAUAAAGUUUAAUGAUAUCGACUUGGAGGGUGAUUUUGAUCCGGAUGAAUAUGACAAGAAGAUGACAGAACUCUUUAAUGAUGACUAUUAUGCGGCUCCGGAAGAUGAUAUUAAGCCUGAAUUUCCAGAGAUUGACAAAGAUCUAGAAGUUGAAACUACAUGGGAUAAUUACGAUCCGAACGCGGAAAAUUAUGAUGCACAUGAUGGAGAAGACUAUGAGGGACCAGAUUGCGAGGAUCCGAACUUCAAUAUGGAUGCUGAUUAUGAUUCAUCUAAAUGUAAUCAAUUAGAAGAAGAGGGAACGAAGAAAAGAAAACGCAGACGGAAAUCUAAGUUUGCUGAGCUGAUGGCAAAACAAAAACCGAAAUUUGAUCCCCAACAGUACAAGUCUUAUGAAGAGUACUUUGACAAGUAUUAUUCGUUAGACUACGAGGAUAUGAUUGGGGAUAUUCCAUGUAAAUUUAAAUAUAGGAAAGUUGUACCGAAUGAUUAUGGUUUAAGUGUAGAAGAGAUUCUUAUGGCAGAUGACAAAGAGUUGAAUAAAUGGUGUUCCUUGAAAAAAGCACUGCAGUAUAAGCCAGAGUAUGCAGAAUUAAAUGAUGUCCGGAUGUACAAGCAGAAGGCUAAUAACGAAGCACUUAAAAAGAAAGUACUUACUAGUUUGUACAGGAGUCCUGAGGAUGAAGAGAAAGAAGUUAAAAACUUGAAUGCCAUUGAUUUCAUCAAUUCCAAUGACGAGGAAACGGAGACGAAGAAGAAACGUCGCAGGAAGAAGAAGAACAAGAAGAAACAGGAAGUGCAGAACGUUCCAUCGGCUACUGAAACCAGUCAGGAAAAAUCAAAUAACAUGGAUAAUGAUGAAAUCGAGAAUAAGGGUACAAAUAAUGCACAGAUGACCUCGAAGGAGGUUAAGAAGAAGAAGAAAAUUGAGAAGCGGAAACAGGUUGAGGAACAGCCUGAAGAACCUCGGGAGCUGUCGAAGAAAAAACAGAAAGUUGAUAAAGUUGAAGAAAGUAAUUCUACUGUUAUCGCUGAGAAUAAGUCACAUGAAGAACAAGGUACUAACAAAUCUUUGAAGAAGAAGAAGAAGAAGAUGACCGUUGAUGGUCAAAAUAACAGUGAACUAAGUUCCAAACAAUCGAAGAAGAUGCUGAAUCUGAAAGAUAAAAUGAAGAAAAAGAAGCUUAAUAAAAUGAAAAGAAAAGACUCCAAACAGGCAGAUACCAUUGGCGAUAUUGCUUCGUUGAAUCCAGAAAGGCUGAAAACAUACGGGAUCAAUCCAAAGAAGUUUAAAAAUAAAUUGAAAUACGGGAAGAAGCAACAAUAG